AUGAACAAUAUGCGUGUGGAACAGUCGCAACAUGAACCCAAGCGCACACCCCUCCCUGAAUAUUCAAACAUCACUGCACUCGUGAAGGUGUAUGAUAUUGAUUUGGCUGACAAAUUUAAAACCUCUGACGUCCUGGAUAUGAUUGGUCUCUUGGACGUCGGUACUUUGCCAGAUGCCAACUGGGAUUUGGAUAUCUCCGAAUUUGCAGCAGCUCGUGCACCUGCCUUGCCAUGUGUACACACACUCUGCGUUCGCCAUGCGCCACCGUUGGUCGCAGGAUCCAUGAGCUCUACAGCUUUGUCGACAACAUUCGCCCCUUUGGGGACCACGACCUCUGAUGUGCGGAAUGCACUCAUCCGCUUUCUUGCUCAGGCACUUGAUGGAGAUAUGCUUAUGGCUGAGUAUGUGCUUUUGGCUCUUCUGGGAAAAGUCCACAUUCGUCGAAAUGGGAUAAUCAUUGGGCCCUUUUCUGUUAAUCUUACAGGCUUGGAACAUGUACAAUUGCGGCUAGUGGAAACGUUACGACAGCUGAUGCCUGCGGUUGUGUGUCAGCCCUUGAGCGUAGGCUCCCUAAACGACCCAACUCAACCAUUGUAUGUUCGCGGCACGGACUCGGGGAUCCAGGCCGGCCGUCUUCAACUCGCACCUGGGACCUGCUUGAUUUUGGAUGAGACAAAAAUGGAUGAGGGCGAACUGAAUGAGGCAGGUGUGAAAAAUAUUCGUGCUUUGCUCUCUCUCUUGCAAUAUCACACAUUGCCUUGUGUCUUUCCUUACUCAGAAAUGGAUUUACCGGCGGAUCUUGUUUUUAUUAUCUUGAGCCAAGGCAAAUCGAUCUUGCCUGCCGAUGUUCAAGUUCACUCAGAAGCCCAGCGAAAUACGACACAAAAUUCUGCACACCUAUCGCAAUCAUCGAUACCCUCACCUUCGACGCUACAUGCUAUGCGAGUUUACUUGGCACACGCUCGUCAACUGACAUUUUCGAUACCGACCCAUGUAUCAGAGCAGAUCCAAAAUGACUUUGUUGCAUUGCGACGCGACUCGCGCGGCUCUUUUGAUCAAAACGACUUGCAGCGGUGCCUCAGCACCGCUCGCUUGCUAAGCUUGUCACAUGGCUGCACCGAGCUCUCAGCGGACCUGUGGCAAAUGGCGAAGUCUCUCGAUCUGGCACGUGCUUCUCGGAUCGAGCCGCGCGUCUCUUAG